UUUUAAAAAGCGCUGCUGUUCCUCUGCAUCCUCUGCGGUGUGUUUCUCCCAACAAAAUUUCUCCAAACAACCCUGAUCUUCUUCUACCUCGGCAUUUUUCACUACGUACCCACGUACCUUAUCUUCCAAUCAAAACACGAUGGCAGCCAAAUCGCCCAAGGACAAUGUCGGCCUCGACUUUCAGUUCUGGGCCAACUUGAAAUACAGUGGCCGCGGCUUCGAUGACCAGGCGGACUGGGAGGACUUUCAGAUGUGCUUCUCUGCCUCUACCUCCGGCCCCGGCACACCGCUACGUCCAGGCCUCAGGGUCAGCCAAAUCGGUCAUUUCGGAAGUCCGGGCCCUCUCGCGGUGGCUGCGGUAGGUUUCGCCGUUCAGGACGAGGCCACCCUUCGCGAGACGGAGUUCGGCAUCCUGAUCAUCGUUCCGCCUCCGUCUCCGGACGACCCGCAAGAGAGGUCCGAGGAAACCGUUGUCCAUCGCUACCUCGAUCUCUACAAGAAGCAGGCCUGGGUGGAACUCCUCGGCGGGUUGGAAGCAGCCUGUCGACCGGUCUUCACGGCGACCAAGACGGACGAGGCCAGAGAUUUUGCCGGCAGUUCGAGUCUGUACUUCGUUUUUGCCGCGACUAUAAUAAGCCGAACUAUGUAUCCACAACAAUCCGGGAUUUUAUAG